AUGCCUCGCCGAAUACUAGAAGGAACCUCUGAAGGUCAGAUGAAGAGCUCUUCAUCUCUGCUACAUUCUCCAGUUUUCUUCUUUUUCCUGGGGAUGCUAGUUGUGCUGGUGAUCUUGUUGAUUCUCAUAUUGAUUUUUAGAAAAUUUCUCAAACCAAAUACAGUGGUGAAGCUAUUAAGACCAACAGGAACAACUCAAGCAUCGGCAGAUUUGUUAAGCGAAAAUCUCCACUCAAUAAGUUACUUUGACUUUCACACACUGAAAAAGGCAACAAAGAAUUUUAAUCCGACAAAUCUUCUAGGCCUGGGAGGAUUUGGACCCGUCUAUCUGGGAACGCUAGAAGAUGGAAGAUUGGUAGCAAUUAAGAGACUUUCACUAAACAAAUCCCAACAAGGAGAACCAGAGUUUCUAUCAGAGGUCAGACUGAUAACAAGCAUCCAACACAAGAACCUGGUUCGCCUGCUCGGUUGUUGCUCAGAUGGGCCUCAACGUCUACUCGUGUAUGAAUACAUGGAGAACAAAAGUUUGGAUCUCAUAAUAUAUGGGGUAAGCGAUCAAUUCCUCAACUGGAAUACCAGAUUGAAGAUUAUCAGAGGCAUUGCCAAAGGGUUGCAGUAUCUACAUGAGGAUUCCCAUCUAAGAAUUAUUCACCGAGACAUCAAAGCAAGCAACAUUCUUCUUGAUGACAGAUUUCAGCCAAAGAUUGGAGAUUUUGGGUUGGCCAGAUUCUUCCCAGAUGACCAAGCUUACCUAAGCACUACAUUUGCUGGAACUCUAGGCUACACAGCACCAGAAUAUGCAAUUAGGGGAGAAUUGUCAGAAAAGGCAGAUGUAUACAGUUUUGGAGUUCUUGUGCUUGAAAUCAUCAGUGGCAGAAAAAACACAAAUCUUUCUCUACCAACAGAAAUGCAGUAUCUUCCAGAAUAUGCAUGGAAACUAUAUGAGAGGUCUGCACUAAUCGAGCUUGUGGAUCCAAAGAUGAAGGAUGAUGGAUAUGUGGAGAAGAAUGUAGUACAUGCAAUUCAGGUUGCUUUGUUAUGCCUUCAGCCUCAUGGCAACCUGAGACCUGCAAUGUCUGAGAUUGUUGCCAUGUUAACAUACAAAUUUGAAAUCAUUCAAACACCUUCGAAACCAGCCUUCUUGGAAAGAAGGCCUAAAAGGAACAAAGGUCUCUCGUUGACUAAUCAUGCAGAUACCAUUCCUUCUCCAUUACAGUGAAGGCAACGCCAAUGCCUACUUUGUCAUGGAAAAGAAACUGGCUCUUUGACUACCUAGCCAUUGCAUUUUUUUCAAACAUUGGAGGAGAAUUAAAUCAAUUAUCAUAUAGUUUUAACGUGGUCUUCAUUCUUUAUGUCAACAGGACAUUGGUGUCUCAAUUUUCACGGAACAAUUAUAGCAAGUUAAAUAGAGGUUAUUCUCACCAAAAAGAUUAAUGUAAUUUCACUUUGUUUCUGCUAAUCUGCAUUGUUUAAAUGUCAUCGAAGUGUAGUAACAAAAUGCUUACUACAUCGACUUACAUUCCAUCUU